GUAUCAGCCCUCUCCGUUCACCUACUCCAGUCUCAAUAGUUCUUAGGUUCUACUCUUCUUACUUUUCUUGCCCUGCUGAGGUUCUGCUGGAAAUUUCCCAGGAAAAUCUUAGCCCUUUUCCUCUGUUUCCCCUGCGUCACUCCUCUGUGGGAGGUGUUGUUGAUCCUUUUCGGGGAUUUGGUUUUUGGGUUUUUGGGGUUGAUCUUGGGUUUCUGGGUGUGUACUGGAAAACCCAGAAAGUCAAAGUCCAGAAAGAUUGCAUCUUGAGGGCAAAGAUUUGAUCUUUCUUUGUUGCCAAUCGUGAAAUCUUGAUGCUGCAUAUUUUGUUUUUGAUGUUUGAUAUUCAUGUCAGCAGUUCUUAGUGAAAUCCUCCGUUCUGGUUUUAUGAUCGAUUCCUCACUGAGACGCAGGACCCAUCUUGUUCAAUCUUUCUCUGUUGUGUUCCUCUACUGGUUCUAUGUUUUCUCAGAAUUCAUCUAUGAGAUUUGCUUCGGAUCAUACUUUAUUUAGAAAUAAGUCAACAACUACUUUGAUCUUUGAUUAGCUUAGCAUAGGUUGUAUCUGGGUCCUGUUGUUCUCCAAGGUAAGUUUUUUUAUCUUUAAAAUCUAAGGUCUUUUUUAUUUUUGAGAGUUUUUAGGUCUUUUAAGUGUGAAUAUAGUAUGGCUUCUUUAAGUGGGAAUUCCAAUUCCACAAGCUCCACUCAGAUUCAAAACUCUGGCUCCGAAGGGGACUUGCAGCUUCUGAUGGAUCAAAGGAAGAGGAAGCGAAAAGAAUCGAAUCGGGAAUCAGCUAGGAGAUCCAGGAUGAGAAAGCAGAAGCAUUUGGAUGAUUUAAUGGCCCAAGCUUCUCAGCUGAGAAAGGACAACAACCAAAUCCUUUCAACCAUCAAUAUUUCCACUCAGAACUAUGUGAAACUUGAAGCUGAUAACUCUAUUUUGAGGGCUCAGAUGGUGGAACUUAGCCAACGACUGGAUUCCCUUAACGAGAUCCUCUCCUUGAUCAACACAAGCAAUGGAAUCUAUGAAAAUGAGGGUUUUGAACAAAGUUUUGACAGCUUCAUCAACCCUCUCAAUAUGCCAUAUCUUAAUCAACCAAUUAUGGCCUCUUCAAACAUGUUCCCUUAUUGAAAUGGUCAAUUCAUAUCAUAAUAGUUUGUCUUGUCCUUUUAUUGGUGGAGUCACAUAGAUAGAGUCUCAUGAAUGAGUGGAGUGCAAAAAAGAGAGGGUUUUUUUCCCCUCUUAAUAUUUUUAAUUUUAUUAUGAUAUUAUUAGCUAUACUAGUAGCCACUUGAUGCAAAAUAUUCCUCAAUAUGGAAUGGUAAAUUGGGAGAUAGCCGGAGAAAGAGUUGUUUCACUUGUCAGGGAGAAACUCAUAGGUUAGUGGCUUGGGUUUUGUAAUGGGUUUCAAUAAAUAAAAUAGUGUGAAGGGAUCUGGAUGUAUUUGGUCUCUCUGGAUAUAUAAAUAUAUAUUAAUAUUAAUU